GCUGUCGCUUCUGUGCCGCGCGUGAGCCUGACCUCACAUCCGCGUUUCCCGCGCGAUCACCGCAAAAACACCGCAAACAAACACGCACAGCCCGCAGGAGCCACGCGCACGAGGCCCGCAGGAUGUCGGCUCGUGGGAAGAAGAAGUUGACGAAGACGUCUCGGUCGGCGCGGGCCGGGGUUCUGUUCCCCGUGGGCCGGAUGAUGCGGUACCUCCGGAACUCCACCCACAAAUAUCGGAUCGGGAUCGGCGCUCCGGUUUACAUGGCCGCCGUCAUCGAGUACCUGGCAGCGGAGAUCCUGGAGUUGGCGGGGAACGCGGCGCGGGACAAUAAAAAGGGGCGGAUCACUCCUCGUCACAUCAAACUCGCCGUCGCCAACGACGAAGAACUCAACCAGCUCCUUCGUGGUGUGACCAUCUCAAACGGAGGAGUUCUUCCUCGGAUCCACCCCGAGCUUCUGUCCAAGAAACGCGGCACCAGGGCCCGAACCGAGACGCCGCCCGCCGACAAGCAGCCGGAGACGGGAACCAGGGUCAGGAAGAGCCCCAAGACCUCCAGGACCUCCAGGACCUCCAAAGCCCGGAGAGGCAAAGGCCGACGAGGACGCAAGCCCAAGAACCAGGACGCAGAGAAAGAAUCAGAACCAAAUUCAACACAAGAAGAAGAACUGGGAGAAGGUUUCACCAUCCUGUCAGCCAAGACCCUGUUCCUGGGACAGAAGUUGUCGCUCACAGAGAUCGACCUCGGGAAACUCGGCUCCGUCAAAGUGGACGCCAUCGUGAACCCGACCAACGCCGACCUGGACCUGAGGGACCCUGUGGGAAGUGCUCUGGAGAAGGCCGGGGGGCGGGACUUUGUAGACGGCGUCAAAGAAGCGAGAAAAUCACACUGCCCCCUGGAGGUCGGCGCAGCGUGCGUGAGUGCGGCGAGCGCGGCGAUGGCGUCGCGGUUCGUGGUUCACUGUCACGUUCCUCUGUGGGGAUCCGAACGCUGUGAGGAACAUCUGGAGAAAACCGUGAGGAGCUGUUUAUCUGCAGCAGAAGAAAAGAAACUCAAGUCCAUGGCCUUUCCCUCCCUCCUGAAAGCACGAAACGGGUUCCCGAAGCAGACCGCGGCUCAGUUGGUGCUCAGGUCCAUCUCCUCACACCUCGUCUCCUCCAGCAGCACCAGCCUCAAGAACAUCUACUUCCUCCUGAACGACGCCGAGAACAUCGGGGUUUAUCUGCAGGAGAUGGCCAAGGUGGAGGGCAAGUGA